AUGGAGCAAACUGAGCCAAAGUGCGCGAGCUGUUGCAAUUGUGAAGGAAACUGUUUAUCUACUACGUGUCCAUGCUUUUUGCAUUCUAAAUACUGCUGUGAUGGCUGCAAAUGUCAAAAAUGUCGUAAUAAAAAAGAAUAUGAACAAGAAAGAGUCGCUUCCUUUGAACAGCAUUUAUUAGAAAAUCCUUUAGCCUUUACAUCAGAUGAUUCUAUUAAUCAAGAAGAAUAUACAGCCAUUAGUAAUUUUGCAAUGUUAACAAAUUCAGUAGAUACAGAGCCAUUCACUUUAGAAAAAGAAGAAAAGCCUCUUGCAUCUGUAUUAACACCAAAAGUAUUAGAAUUAUCGAUUGCUACCAUACUUUCGGCUGCCAAUGAAUCAUUAAAAACUGCAAAAGAUCCUAAUACAUUUGAAGAAGCAGUUGAGAAUUCAGUUGCUGCCGAGUUUCAAGAUAUCCUACAACAAAUUCAAAAUCGAUUGGAAAAAUAA